GACUCUUCUCGUCGACUCAUGACGUCUUGUCUGAUCACCAGAAAUGUAGCGGCAGUUGGCAGUUGCGCUACUGUGCAUCAACUUACAUACGUACCAGGUAAGCUUCGAGAAAGAAUCAGAGAAGCGAUGUCGAUCCUUUUCCUUUCCUCUCAAUCGGACUCCCCCGAAGCACUACCCUUCUUCUCCCAACACACCAAACACGAGACAAUAGUGGCCAAGUUACGCGUGGGAAAAUGUCAAGAAGCGCCAUUUUCUUGGUCGAUCACUCCCCCCCCAAACUCAUUCAAGAUUAUCUCCCUACAUUACGAUAGUAACGACGGCAAUUCGUCGUUUCGUAACAGCCCCCUGUUCGCGUCAACAACUUCCGCUGGUAUUGCCGCUCCCUCCCACCAGCCUGUUGCUUAGCCUCCCUAGGGCCCCGGACCCCGGACGGUCUAGAACCUUCAGAGAGAACUUCGUUGACCAAUCCGAGGCGGAGCUCAUGACGUACGCAAUGUCCUUUUUUGUAUUGGACAGAAUACCCUGCGGAUCAGACAAGUCCAAGUGAGCCUAGCAGAGUCAUGAGUGGUCUUCAAUUAUAUUUUCCAUGACUAGUGGUCGACCUCACGAAGCAAACAGUGUGUUACGUUGCAGCGAGAAAGACCAAGCUUCAUACUAUAAAACCUAAAUGGUGAUACUACGGGUUUAUAAAAUGAUCGUAAGGUACGACCCGAGGGCGGAAAUAUUCUGGAUAUGUGGGUGGAUCAUUGCUGGCUCAGCCCUGGCUGUACCUAGAAUAUUGUCCUCCAUAAAUAUCAUGAAUCCUGUGAUGGCCCAUUCGGAUCGCUACCCUGUACCCGAUUUUUGACAUGGGAAUUGCCUUGAGGUAGCUGUCAUACCGUUAACAAUCCAGCAGUUGACUCUUUGGCAUAUGCUCCGUUCAAAUGUUGUCGUAAUGACUCAUAGAUCGAUAUUGUGAUGAGUGGCCUAUGAUGCUGUAUGUUGAAGUGGGGUUUGACGACCUCAUCACUACUUACCAGCUUCGCACACAACAACCCCACGACGAUCAAGUGCGGCAGCAGUGUUCCCGUAACACCUCACAACCCUCAUUACCAAUGAGGCCUGUAGCUCGAUCUAUCCAGCGAAUAACACAGAUUCUAAGCCACCUUCAACACACAAUGUCGGCACAUCACCAGAUGCCAGCAGCGCCAUGGCGCUCAGCUUUUCUAUCCCACGUUGAUAAGAUGGAAUCUCCAACUUUCAUGCUCAGCACCCUCCAUCACCAUGGCUCCUCAGUCACUCCUCGUUCCCGUACCGUCGUGUAUCGAGGCACGUGGGCCGAGAUUCCCGUCAACCCCAAGAACCAGGCACCGCUCAACCCCUCUCUCUACGAGAGUGACCUUCUCACCAUCACCACUGAUGCUCGCAUGGGAAAAGUACCUGAACUAUCAACUGACGGGGAGAAUAUCCCACAGUCUGGCGGCGGCGGACCUGUCGAAGCGGUCUUCUGGGUCGUAGAGACCAAGACUCAGUGGCGUCUACGUGGCCGCGCUUAUCUUCUUGGCCAAGAUAUCGAUGAUCCAUCAGCCUCACACAUCAAGCAAGAGAUAGAAAAGUAUAUGCGCAUCAAGAACAAUGACGACUCAGGUUCUUGGAACUGGGGUAAAGAGAUCACUGCACAUUUUGGAAACUUGAGCCCUGGCAUGCGAGGGUCUUUCCGAAAUCCUCCUCCAGGUACAAAGCGAGAUGAAAAGCCCGCCCCGGGACUCGGACUCGGGCAGAAAGUCGAAGAUCUAGAUGACGAGAUUGCAAGAAAGAACUUCCGUGUUGUGGUGAUUGUGCCGGAAGAGGUGGACCAGCUUGAUCUAAGUGAUCCCGAGGAUGGCAGGAGAUGGAACUACCAGUUGAAGAAUGGUUCCUGGGAGAAGACUGAGCUGUGGCCUUGAAUCAGCACACAGUAAAGAUACAGGCUGUCAUAUAUGAAGGUCGUCGGAAACUAUACCGUAUGGAGACCUGAUUGACUAGGCGAACGAUGUGUGGAUGGAGGGACCGAUACUCACCGGGCCCCGUGAACUGUUAAUACGAGUCAGAACUAUGCCAAGGUCCAUGAAACCAGCCCUCGAUUUCUCUAUGUUUACACUAGAAUCGUCAACAGAGGCAGGUAGUUGAUUAGGCAUGCGACUGAGUGCUUUGUGAUAUGGGGGAUGAUAGAUUUAGCUAUGUCGUUUAUAACCCGAGUAACACUGGAGAGUAAAAGGCUAUAAGUAGGUUUACACUAAGGUUGCACAUUCUUGAGUAUUUGUCUUGGCUCUCAUAGUGCUCAGUCUAAGUUAGGUGCCUGUCUUCUUAUAGUGUCGAAGCCGAGAAACACUGGUUUGCUGAAGUGCGUAGCAAUCGACAGAGUCCUCACCCCUUGUACGGAUAUUGAAGCAAACAGAAUAUAAUUUUUGCCUUAGU